GUGGUUUCAAACACAUUCACACACAGGUUGUAGCACAGUGUGUUUGGGCUAACACCAGAAUCCCAGGAGAGGCUCAGGAGCUCAACAAAAGGAAGUCCAAAUGUCAAGGAACUAGAGUUCAACUGAGAUGCGUCUCUUCAGAAAUGGAGCGGAGAUGAUCGUGAGACAGCCAAACAGAGGCAUAAAUAAAGGAUAGCGUCGCAAUUUCUGCAGGUGGCUAAAAAGAAAAGCUGUAAACAGAAAGUGAACAAGGACAGGUACAACUACUGGUUUUCCAAAAUGCCUGUGGAGACUCUCCGAAGCCCGGUGAGGCAACCAGUGAGGACCACUGUAGCUGCUACACCCCCACGCUUACGGCCCAAGGGGCCAGUGGGGCCAGGCUUCUUUCGGCAAUGCCCUGCAGCAGAAAGCAAACCAAAGCAGAGUGCAGUGGAGAGGCUGGAAGCAGACAAAGCUAAAUAUGUAAAGAGUCGGGUUGCUCUUUCUAAGCAGCAGCCGGUCAGGCCUCCUGAGGUCCAGAAGCCUCUGCUAAGCCCCAGCACUGGCCUGCGGCCCACCAGGAAGACGCCAACCCAAACAAAAACUAAUCAGGAGGGCGUCCAGCUUGACCUUGCGCACCUGAGUAACCUCAUCAGUGGUGUGAAUGAUGGACCCCAGUCCAAUGCCACUGUAAGCUCAGAGGACAGUAAAGUUCCUGAUUGUGCUACCACCUCACACAGAUCUCCUUGCCCCACACCUGCAGGGGCACAACAGAAAAAAGAGAGACCGUGUCCACCUCCCCGUCCUGACUGGUCCAGUCCAGCUAAAGUGAGAUUAAAAGCCUCUGGACUUGCCAAGGUAGAGAAUCCAGGUUCUCCUGGAUCUCCAGCCUCAGGAACGGUACGCAGAGUGGACGUCAUGCCUCAGACCGGCCCUGUGAGGACACCCUGCAGACCAUCUCAGUUCAUCCGGCAGCCCCUUCAGCCCAUACCUUUACAUUUCCAGUUUCCACUCCGCUCGGCUGCUUCACAGAUGCGUCUCUUCCACCCUAGAACAACACCAGGUUCCUCUCCUCUGAAACCUGUUGUUGCCCCAUCUAAACCUGAAAACCCUCCCUCCUCUCCAGCUGAAACCCCUCUCCCUGCUCCACCUCCCCCGAGCUUUCCUGCCUUCCCUCCUCCCUCCCCAGCUAUUACUCGUUUGUCCUCCUCCAGCUCCAGAAAACGGCCGUCUCUGACCCGGUCUAAAUCGGACAUGAGCGACCGGUACUCCAGAGCCGGGACAGAUCUGGAGCGCUUCUUCAACCUGUGCGGUUUGGACCCUGCAGACCUGCAGGAGUUGACUGGAUCUAGUUCUGAUAUUGUCUCCCUCGCCCGUUUUCGUAGUGUGAGCGCUCCGGGGUCUGAGUGUGCAGGCUCCGGUGCACAAGAUGAAAAUAAUGAUGAGGAGGAGGAGGGGGACGAUGGCAACGCUGCAGAACGUGUCCCCUACAAUGUUUCUGUCAUUGAGAGAAACGCAAGAGUGAUCAAAUGGCUGUAUGGGAUCCGUCAGGCCAAGGACAAUGCAAGUAAGAGCACCAAUUUAUAGGACGGUGUUAAACAAAAGUAAAAGUUUCAACAUGUCAAAACUGCAGAAUGCGUGGAGUGAUGGGAUCCCAUGAUUAAACUGGUACUGAAGGUACUGAAGUGAAGCCUGUGAUGAGGUGAUACAGUGAUGGAUGAAAUUUAUUUUUUUUGUUUGU